AUGAGAAAGUUAAUUAGAUAAUAAAUAGAGAAAGAAGAAGAUGAAACAGAUGAAGUACAAAAUUUCGAAAAAUUAUCAUUUAAAUAAGAUUAUUUAAAAAUAUAAACUGAAGAACUUAUCACAGGUAUAAAAUCCUUUAAUAUCUAUUCUGGAACUGACGUUUUGAGAGGAUUAAAAGGAGGAGUUACUCACUUAAAUAAAAUUUUGAAAGUUUUAAGUUCUGAAAGAUAAGAAAUUAAUGUUUGGAUAAGUGGUGUUUAUGGAAAAAUUUAAGUUUUUCAUAGAUAUUAUAGAGAAUUUUUUUAAAGUGGAAUAUUCGGAAAUACUUCAACUUUUUGCGUUGUUAUAAAUACUGCAGUUUUGGCUAUGAAUGGUCUUUUUUCAGAUUAGAAAUCUAAUGAUAUUUUAGAUUAAUUAAAUUAAAUAUUUACAUAUAUUUUUAUAGCAGAGAUGGCAGCUAAACUAUUGGCUUUUGGUCCUUUGGGUUAUUUAAGAGAUAGAAUGAAUAUUUUUGAUGGAUCAAUUGUAUUAUUGUCUAUUUUUGAAUUAAUUUUUUUUUCUGGAGGAAAUUCGGCAGUUUCUGCGUUUAGAUCAGUUCGUAUUUUUAGAACUUUUAGAGUUUUAAGAGUUACUAGAUUACUUAGAGGAUUAGAGUUUAUGGGAAAGAUUAUAUCGGUUAUUAUGAUUACUUUGGAUUCUUUUAUUUAUAUAGCACUUCUUUUGUUCCUAUUUAUUUAUAUUUAUACACUUUUAGGUAUGUAGAUUUAUGGAGGAUAAUUAAAUUAAAAAAAUAUUGAUAUUAGAUAAAACUUCGAUGAUUUUUAAAGCGCUUUUAUUACUGUAUUUUAAUUAGUUACUUUGGAAAACUGGAAUGAUAUUUUAUAUAAAACUUUUAAUUCAGAUAUUAAUAAAGGAGUAACUACUAUUUAUUUGGUUUCUUGGAUUUUUAUUGGAAAUUGGACUUUCCUGAACCUUUUCUUAGCCAUUUUACUUGAUGGAUUUACUGCUUCAAGUAUGAAUGAACAAGAGGAUAUUUAUGAUGAUGAAGGAAAUUAAUAUGAAUAUGAUGUUUCUUAUGAUGAUUCUGAUCAAAAAUAAAUUCAAUAAAACGAAGAAGAAGGUAAUUUCUAAAGAAUAGAUACUGAUGAAAUGGAAUAGAUUGAAAUGCAAAUGCUCCUUGAAGAUUAAAAAGAAGGAUUAAAAGUUCAACUUUUCAAAGGAAUUUAAUGUUAGGAUUCAUUAUUCAUUUUUUCUUAAUAGAAUAAAUUCCGUAUUAUUUGUUAUAAAAUUGUAUAACAUAAUCAUUUUGAGCAUAUGAUUUUAGCAUUUAUUGUUACUUCAUCAAUUAAGUUAGUUGUAGAUAGUUAUAUAGGAGAUGACAAUUAGGCUCUUAUUAUUUCUGAUUAUAUAGAUUAUGUAUUUAAUAUUAUUUUCACUUUAGAAGCCAUGCUAAAAAUUAUUGCAUAUGGAUUCAUUUUCGAUGAAAAUUCUUACUUAACUGAAUCAUGGUCUUAAAUCGAUUUCUUUAUUGUUUGUUCAGCUUUAAUUGAUAUGUGUUUUGAUAAUGUUAAUAUUCCUGUGAUUAAAAUUCUUAGAAUGCUUAGAACUCUUAGGCCUUUAAGAUUUAUAAGUCAUAACGUAAAUAUGAAAGUUGUUGUUAUAGCUUUGUUUGAAUCAAUUAGUGGUAUUUUAAAUGUACUUGUUGUUAUUAUUUUAAUUUGGAUUAUGUUUGCCAUUUUAAGCAUUUCAUUAAUUGGUAAUAGAAUGGGAUAUUGUAACGGGCUUUAAAACUAUUAUGGUAUUAAUCAAACUACUUGUAAUUAAAUAUGUUAAGAAAAAUAGGAACUUAAGUGUAGUUGGUCAAUAUUUGAUACUAAUUUCGACAAUAUCUUAACAAGCAUGACUACUUUAUAUAUAGUUAGUUCUUUAGAAAACUGGCCAAAUAUAAUGUUUUAAGCAGUAGAUUCUAACAUGCCUGAAUAUGGUCCUGAUAAAGAUAAUUAUUAAAUAAUUUAAUACUUUUUUGUAGUUUUUAUACUUAUAGGCUCAUUCUUUUUAGUAAAUUUAUUUGUUGGUGUUAUAUUCUUUAACUUUAAUAAUGCUUAAAAGAAUGAGAAAAGAUAAAGUUCUAUUUUUUUAACGGAGGAAUAAUCACGUUGGAUUGAAUUACAAUAAAUGAUUAUUGUUGUGAAAGCUGAAUUUGCAGCAAAUAAAGAACCAACAAAUUAAGUUGCGAAAAAAAUAUACCAAAUAGUAAUAAGUUAAUAUUUUGAUUCGGCUAUUAUGAUCUGUAUUAUUUUAAAUAUUAUUUCAAUGGCUUUAAGUUAUGAAGGUUCUAGUAUAGAAUAUAAUAAUACUUUAGAAAAAAUAAAUUACUUUUUUACUACAGUCUUUAUCGUUGAACUUAUUAUGAAAUUAAUUGCUUUCAGGUUUGAAGGAUUUUGGAUUUCUUCAUGGAAUAAAUUUGAUCUUUUUGUUGUUAUUUCAAGUAUUAUUGAUAUUGUCCUUAACUUUUUGGGAAAUGGCAUUUCUUUUCUAAGGGUAGGACCUUAAUUAAUUAGAAUUGUUAGAGUUCUUAGAGUAACUAGGCUUCUCAAAUUAGUUAAGAGCAUGCAAGGCUUACAAAAAAUAAUUGAUUGUAUGGUUUUUGCUUUCCCUUCGCUAAUGAAUGUAGGAGCACUUUUAUUAUUGGUCUUUUUUAUUUAUUCUGUUUUGGGAGUUUUUCUUUUUAAAGAUGUUAAAUAAGGAAAUAUUAUUAACUCUUAUAAUAAUUUCUUUAAUUUUGGUAAUGCAAUGAUUACUCUUUUUAGAUGUUCUACAGGUGAGAAUUGGUAAGUUUUCAUGUUUGAUUGUGGAAAAACUGAAGGUUCCUUCAGUAAAAUAUAUUUUAUUAGUUUUAUUCUCAUUUGUACAUUUAUUAUGCUUAAUCUAUUUAUACUUAUUAUUAUUUAGUAUUUUGAAGACUAUCAUAUGAAAGAGGAUAAUCCUUUGUAGUUUUUUAAUGAUAAAGUUGAAAUUUUUAGAGUAACUUGGUCUAAAUUUACUGCUUUUUCUUUAGGAGAAAAAAUUGAGGUAAAAAACAUAGUUAAUUUUUUAUAAGAAUUACCACAUCCUUUAGGUAAAAAAAUAUGA